AUGGCUCGCAUAGCGCAACAAAACCAAAGGAUCCAGGAUAUCCUCCCAACCCUUCAGAACGAGGCAGACCAGAUCGACCAGAUUGCAAAGAUAAGAGGAUGGUUCCGUCCAAAGGAAGACAGCGCGUACUACCAGGUGGUACAAAACUAUCUCAACGAGAAGAUCGACGUGAAAGAAGCGACGUCGCGCAUUCUCGAUCCCAUCGAUGAGAAGAUUAAAGAGGCCAAGCUAGACGACGUGGACUUCAUGGAUCUAUGGAACAGCAUCAUCCACUCAGCAAGACGAUCAACAUUCCGCGAUGGCGCCCGGACACAGCACAACCAACUCAUCGAUCUACUCACCGCGUUCAAGAAGCACUCAAUACCGGACAAGAAGGAGUACGACUAUCUCUACAAGGAAAUGACCGACUUUGGCAUGGCCUGUCGUGAAGCUUACAACGACGCGCCCGUCGCUCACGAAGGCUACAUCGAGAGGGAGGUAGAAGCUUGGACGAACAUGAACUACUUCUUCGCCUUGGCGGCAAGAAAUGAUAUCCAAGAUCUCUCGAUGUACGCCAUCUUCGCGCUACGAGAAGCUCUCGAGACACCUCCAGUUGACGAACCGAUGUCGACAGCCAACCAAAAGUACGACGCCAACGUUCCCGCAGCCGCAGCUUGGAUAUUAGGCUACGGCCACGACCUCUUCCGCAUGGAAAAAGAUCUCACACCCACCGACAAAAAGCAAGGCAACCCAGCCCGCGGGGGCGAACUUUGGAAGGGCAAAAGCGAGUUCAGCAAAGAAAGAUGGGCACUCUGGAAGGAUCGAUUCGCAGCGAUUGCAACUAUGGAGGGUGUCAAGGAGCAGACAAGGAUUGAUGCCAAAGACGCGAUAGAGGGCAUGGAGCGGAGCCAGACGUAUGAGCUCAUGAGGUAA